UUUUAUUUGCUCUUUAAUGUGUCAAUAUUACUGUCGACAGAGACCUAAGUAACAAUCUGGAACUGCGCCGUGAAUUUAUAGCCUGUUAUUUUGGACAAACCUCUUAAGUCUGCAGUCCAAAGAAUAAGCUAAAUGAGAACAAAUAUGUGUGAAGAGGACCAUUCGUCUUCAAGACCGAUCAAAUUGAAAUGAAAUCUUUAGAAGUGUGUGUGUUUUGUACGAAACGAAAAUGAAACUAAACACAUUUCUCUUCAGUCGCUUAAGACAACAUAACUAGCGUAGGUAGGCUACAUAUAAAUUACUGACAGAUCGAGCAAUUGACCACUUUAUGAUUUAACAUCGACACUUUAGUGUUAAUUUUAAGGCUAGCUGUCUGAUGUUCGCAUAUUUUUCUCUCUCUCUCUUGGCGUUGAGCAGGAUUUCAAAUUGCUGUUUGGAGCUUUUCUCGCAGUCAUGUCACAGACAGACGAGCCAAUGGACUGUGAGGAUUCUGGAAAUCCGCCGUCCACCAAUUUGCCAAUCAAUGCUGUUCAAGUUAUGGAUGUAGAUCAGGAUUCGGAUGAUCAGCAGGUCCUAAUUUAUGAGAUGAUGCAGAGCGGUCAGAUUUCUAAUGUUCAGGGUGUGGGUGACCGUGUAAUCACUGAACAACCUCCCAAAAUCAAUCAACAAGACUUUCUCAUGAAGGGACAUGAUAAUAAGAUCUCCCCUGCUCAGAUAAAACAAUCUGAUCAUCAGAAUUUAGCGGCAAGCAGUGCUGAAGGUCAAGACUCUGGAUCAUCUCUGGAUGAACAGAAGCAUCAAGAUAUCACAACGGCUCGAAGAAACAAAUCACAGCCAGAGGAGGACAUUUAUAGAAAUGGCGAUGAAUACAAAAUCCAAUCACAGCCCCCAGCACCAGAGGAUACUGCUACAUUUAAAAUCAAAGUGACCAGUCCAACACCUUUUCUGAAUUCUGAGAAGGGGAGUCAAAAAUUAGAGAAAGCCCUUCAGAGCUGGUUUGCUAAAUCGGAAAAUCAUGGAGAAAAGCAAGCAGAAAAGCAAGUAUCAGUCCUCAGCCUCAAACUCAUGAAUGAUGGAACCAGUGCAGAGGUGCAGAUUACACCAUCAACAGCUCUAGAAGCUUUAAAAAAACACGUGACUGUGUUUUUGAAAAUUAAACUUGAAAAAGAGGAAGUGACUGUACAGAUUUGUCUGGAUGAAACACAUUCUGUGACUAUAUCACAAAACUCCUCCGAGCCGGGCAAGAACAGAAUUCCACCAUCAAAGGUAAAUGGCACUCAACCUGUGACUUCAGAUGACACAAACAAUGGUGCAGACGCUGCUGCAUCUAACAGAGAUCCAAGUGAGACUGAGACUGCUGAAAAAACCCCAGAAACCUCUGGACUCACUGUUCCCCUCCAUCAGUUCUGGUACCUGCUUCAUGCUUACAGAAAGGAGCUGGAGCUAAUUGAGAAACAACAUGGAGUCUCUAUGCAUGCAGAAGUGUCAGUCUCAUUCAAAUCCACCCAGAAAUCAAGCAAAGAUUCUGUCUCCAAAGCCUCUGAGGACUUUCAGAAACUUGUCGCUGAAUGUGUGGAUAGUUUCAGCGAAGCUAUCAUUAAUCAUAACGACAUGGAUUCAGAGGCUGUGAAGGAGGCCCUUUGUAACAUCCAGUCAGAGAAGACAAAGAUGAUGUUAACCAUGUCUGCCAGUGACUGCCGGUUCUUUGGACCGAAGAAAUUUACAGACAUCAUUAAAAGAGAGACAACCAGAGCAGAAAACCAAUUUAAAAACAAAUCAAAUGAAAUGGAUGUAGAUAAGAACAGAUUUCCACUGCACAUGGACACAAAGGACCUUCCAACUCAACUUGAGAUGGACAAGGUUCAUUGGGAUCUGAUGAAACUUUCUUAUAAGGAGCAAUUAUCACAGCUUGAAACAAAGUACGGUGUGUUAUUUCAUGAAGAAAAAACACAGAAAAAUCCAAAAGUAAUUAAGGUUCAAGCUCGAUCCAAAGGAGAUCAGCAUAUUAGUCUUGAAAGUCAUGCCCUCAGAGCUUUAACACAUCUCUACCAGAAACUAGCCUCAGCCGCUGUCAGCUGUGAACUCACAAACCCUACAGAUAAAACUGAUGUGGCUCCACUAUUAGAGAAACUUCAGCAGCAGCGUCAUUGUGUUGUUGUAGCAGAUGUAUUCAGUCCCUGGAAGCUCAUUGGACUGCCAGAACAUCUCGGUCCUGCUAUUGCUGAUAUUGAGAAGAAACUUCAGAAGCAUGUGUUUGAUGACAAGAUGAAGAAACUGAUUGGAUACUCAGGUGACAUUCCUCAUGCAAGAGGAAUCAGAUGGAAUCAGACGCCUGAUUAUGGAUCAGGAGCAGUGGGCGGAGCUGUAGGAGAUGAGGGAGUGAAUUUUAGAGGGCGAGAUGAAACAGAUGGUUUCAAUAAAGAAUCAGAAGAAAAAUCUAAACACGAGAGUAAAGGUGCUCAUGCUGAAGAGGAGAUGUGCGCUAUUUGUAUGGACAGCUUCACUGACAAGGAAAAACUGAAAUGCAGUCAUGAAUUCUGUCGGGAAUGUAUAAGAAGGUCAGUGGAGAGUCUGGGACCCAUCUGUCCUGUGUGUAAGGAAGUCUUUGGGAAAAUGGAGGGGAACCAACCGGAUGGAACAAUGAAAGUAACGAAGAGCAGAUUGAGUCUCCCUGGAUAUCCACAAUGUGGUACUAUUGAAAUACACUAUGACAUUCCCAGCGGCAUUCAAAUGGAGAAGAAGCAUCCAAACCCGGGAGAGCAUUUUCUUGGCGCAAGACAUCGUGCAUACUUACCUGACAACCGUAAAGGAAAGGAAGUGCUUGCACUGCUGCAGAGAGCUUUUGAUCAGAAACUGAUCUUUACUGUUGGGACCUUGACGACCUCUGGUAUAAAGAAUGCUGUCACCUGGAAUGAUAUUCAUCAUAAGACCAAUACACACGGCGGGCCUCUAAAUUAUGGCUAUCCAGACCCUGACUACCUGAGGAGAGUAAAGGAUGAGUUGAAGGCCAAAGGCAUUGAAUGAGGAUUUCAUUAAUGUUCCCAAAUGCACAUCUAACCCUAAUGUUUACAAAGAAGACAUUUAUUGGUUAUAAUAUUGUAUACUUAAUUUAUAUAUAGUGAUUUUCAGAAGUAUUCAGACCUUUGGCCAGUUUACUGAAAAACUAACUAUAUAUUGAACUCUUGUUCUGUGUGAAGCAAAUCUUAAAUCUAAAAAUUAAUUAUUUGAAAGUGACGCUGGUUUUAAUAAAUUAAAAAACUAAAACAUAAAAAUCUUCCUAAAAUUCAAUCCCUCUGCUCUGGCGAUUCGUGUUUACACAGCUGAAAUAUAACAAUAAAUAGUAUAAAUAAUAAAGUCUUUGUUUUUCUUUAGUGGCUUUUUUAAAUUCAAUCCUUGUUGAUAUAAUUCUGAUGCCAUAGUGGAUGUAGUAUGUCUGGUAGUGUAUUCAUGCGUCACGCAUACAGUACAUGAAGAACACACUUUAUAAACGAUCAAGAUCAUAAAGUCAUGAAGCAGCUCUGAAGGAAAGCUGUGCUAUCAAACCAACAUGAACCUCCUGAAAUUAAAUUCACAGAGAAGAUUGGGAAAAUAGUGUUCCCAGUCACCCAAACAUCUCAAACACCAAAUUGUGGCUUCACUUACAGAAGAUGAAUAAAGGGGGAAAAAGUUA